UGCGUGUUCCAUUUUACAUCUAGCAAACUAACGUAUCUAGCCUAUCCAACAUAUCUGAAGAAAAUGCCUUUAAUAGUCCAAGAUUACUCAUGGACGCAAUCGGAAUCUAUGCUUUAUAUAAGUGUACCCCUAAAAGGAAUUAAUCCUGGAAAAGUGGACGUAUUUGCCACAGAUGAAUAUCUUAAGGUCAGUUUCCCACCAUUUUUAUUCGAAGUCUUCUUGUUUGAACCAAUUGAUGAUGACAAAAGCGUCGCACAAAUCGGAAACGGUGUGGUCAUUUUCACUUUGCACAAGAAGAACGAAGGAAUAUGGGAACAGCUUUCAUUGAAAAACGAUGACAAGGAUAAAUUGAAAGAGAUCAGAUUGAGAGCGGUGCUUAAAGCCCAGGAAAAGUCAGAGGCUGAUGCAAAAGCCGAAGCUGCAAGAAAACAAGAAGAAAAGAAAUAUGCUCUGCAGAGUAUGAUGAAGCUGGAAGAUGAGGAGCGAACAAAAAUUAACAAGAUUAAGGAAGAGGAACGUGAGAGAGUGUCUGCGGAGAUGGAGGCUUGGAAAAUUAAACAGAAACAAGAAGCAGAAAAAGAGAUGUCACAACGGAAGCAGAUUAUCAUUGAUGAAGAACACAAGAAGAGAAAGCCAAAUAUAAUAUCUGUAUCCAAGUCUGCGGAAAACAAAGGCACAGUCAAACAUGGUUGCCAAAAUCCGUCCAUUGAGUCAAAACAGGUGACUCUGCCAGCUCCGAGAUGCUCUGGCAAUAUUAAAGUAAAGUUCACUCCACGAGUGUUUCCCACAGCCCUGCGAGAAUCCAGGGUAGAUGAGGAAGAGGAGUGGCUGAAAAAGCAGGCCGAGGCCAGGAGAGUAAGCAGUGCGGAUGCGGCAGAGCUCGACGAUCUGACGGACGAGGAGAGGAACCCGGACUGGCUGAGGGAGAAGGGAAACAAACUGUUUGCGACUGGUAACUAUCUGGCCGCUGUCAGUGCCUAUAAUCUGGCCAUACAGCUCAACAGAAAUAUUCCGGCCCUGUAUUCAAACCGUGCUGCCUGUCAUCUCAAAUUGAGAAAUCUACAUAAAGCCAUAGAGGACUCCUCCAAGGCACUUAGGCUGCUGACGCCAGCAGUUCCUGACAAUGCGCCGGCCCGGCUGAAGGCACACCUGAGACGAGGCACAGCCUUCUGUGAGCUGGAGCUUUACACUGAAGGUCUUCAGGAUUACCAGUCAGCUCUGAAGAUUGACCCUCACAAUGAAGCUGUUCAAGCAGACGCACAGAAGAUCAGGCAAAUCAUUGAAGGAAGUCAAGAGGAGCAUGUUCAGCAUUGAACCAUUAUUUGCAUCACACAAUUAAAUAUACUUUAUUGUGACUGUAAACACUUACAUCAUUCUGUUUAUUCCAUCAGAAUACUUGACAUGUCAUCAUUUCUGUAAACAUUGUACAAAAUGUAUACUUAUUUCAGUUGUUCUUGAGGUCAUUAAAGAUUGUGGAAACA